AUCGUCAUGUUAGACACUCUCGCACCCAUCUCCGCCAUCGCUUCCCCACCUUGCCCUCGCCCUGCUGCCCGCCCUCGAGCCCCGUCUUGACGCGACGUCGACUGCGCUGCCCCCGCCGCACGCUUACUCAGCUGCUUCACGAGACGACCCGUGGCACCGCACGCGCAGGCAGCAUCCAUCAGCAGCAGCCCGGCAAUUGCUCCGGCUCAGCGUGCCCCCAGACGUCGCUGCUCGCCUCCAGCCGCACCGGGGCCAGCUGACGACGACGCACCAGUGCAUGGCUCGGAGCAGAGCAUGAACUCAUUGAGCGCCCUAGCAAACAUCGGCACACCACCGCCAAGUCCACCCCGUUCGCGCUCCGGGUCGCAGAGCACCGUCCGCGAGGCGCAACCUCGGUCCAGCCAGGCCCAGCGCCCAAACGAUGCAAGCGCAGGCACAGUGACCGAGCACGAGAAGGGCAACAUGGGCGCGGUCAGGGGGGACGCUGAAGGCUACGCUGCCACCAGGACGCCCGCCGCCGCGCACGACGAGAAGACACCGCUGCUCAGCCAGCCGCCAGACAGCACCUUCCCGGAAGCACCACCACGGCGCAGGUGGCUGUACCCGAAGCGCGUGACGCAGGGCAUCAUCGGCGCCGUCGGCAUACUGCUGACGCCCCUUGUCUACACCGGCCGAUACGUCGUCGCAUGCUUCUACUACCAAGACGAUGACCGCUUCUCGCUCGCGGCCCCUGUCUACCACAUCGCACGAUCCUUUACUCGCUCGCGGCGGAAAAAGCCUGCCGCGCUCGCAAUGCCGUCGUCUGAUGCCUCGGACACCAAGGGGAGGCGCAAGAGCAGGAACCCUAACAUGGUGCUGUCCUCGGCCAAGACCUCAUCGAGACGAUCUCUAUCCGCUGCCUCGACAUCCACUGCAAUAUACUCCGAAUCAGAGAGCGAAAGACCGCCUACACGCGACGGAGACGACGACCCCCCUUCGCGCCACACAAGAUCCAAGUCCAACGCGUCGUCGGCUGGAGAAGAGAUAGCCCCUGCAAAGCGGUCUAUUCGCAUCAAGCUGCACAACGAGGACGCACUGAGGCAGCGCAAGGCGACAAAAAGAGCACCAUCAACCCGAAGCAGCGUUGGACAAGUCUCGCCAGAGGCAGCAGCGGCGCUCAAAUCUCCCACUGGCCCAAUCCUCGCAUCAUCCAAGCAGCUGACCAGGUUUCCACGAGCACCCCAACCACCGCGUCCCCUGGUGCCGAGACGCCAGCCGUCAUAUUCAAAGUCAGGAACGUCCGUUUUUGGUCCGCAUCAGAAGACAUUGAUUAUUGACCUCGACGAGACGCUAAUUCACAGCAUAGCCAAGGGCAGCCGCUUUCAAACCGGCCACAUGGUCGAGGUGAAACUCCAGGCGUCAGUUGGUGCCGGGGGACAAAUCAUCGGUCCCCAGGUGCCCAUUUUAUACUACGUUCACAAGCGGCCAUAUUGUGACGACUUUCUCAAGAAGGUCAGCAAAUGGUACAAUCUAAUCAUCUUCACCGCCUCUGUGCAAGAAUACGCCGACCCCGUCAUCGACUGGCUGGAAGUCGAGCGCAAGUACUUUGCAGGACGAUACUACAGACAGCACUGCACGCUGCGCAACGGGGCUUACAUCAAGGAUCUCGCACAGGUGGAGCCUGACCUCAGCAAGGUCAUGAUCCUGGACAACAGCCCCUUGAGCUACGUCUUCCAUCCAGACAAUGCCAUCCCCAUCGAAGGCUGGAUCAGCGACCCCACAGAUACCGAUCUGCUACAUCUGAUCCCGCUGCUGGAGGGUCUGCAGUAUGUCACGGAUGUGCGUGCGCUGCUGGCGCUGAGGAUGGGCAUGCCAGCGUCGUAGUAAUCUAGAAUUUUUCAAGACUUUUCCCCUUUCCAAUCCUAAUGUUCGUUGUAUUAUACUAUGGUCCCCCCCCGAAGUAUAAGCCAUGCUCCACUUUAGUGCUAGCCUCCAAUUCGUCAGGAUCGUUGCUUGGAGUUAUCCUUGACCAAUCCGAGGGCGUGUUCGAAGUACCCAUAAGUGGAGUAUGGCUUAUACUUCGGGGGGGGACCAUAGUAGACGGUCGGCUGGUCGGUGCUGAAGGCAGUUGGCUAUAGGCUAUGGCUACGCCGGUUUUGGCGAGGAGAU